GCAGUCGUGAUUCGACCAGCGUCCGUAGCGCACUUUGCGCGAACGAACGCCCGCGGGAAAACAGACCACGCAAGAUUGUUAGUGAAGCCACCACGUGCUCUCGACCUUCCGUAUACACGAGGGAAGCUAAAUAAGCAGCGCUCCGUCGACACGGAAAUUAAAAGACAGGUUCCAAUUGGCACCCAGUAAAAAGCUACAUUGCGGCACUCGCUUCGGUUUCACUCGACGAGACAUUUCGCGAGGUUCGUGAUCUCAAGCUCGUUACACACGCUUCAGUAACAAAGUGAAGUGAUGACGAGUUCUUGCCCCGCUGGAAACAAGCUUCCGCGUUAGAGCGAAAAUUUUUAUUUUCUUUGGCAACUCGAACUUGAAAAUCCAAUCAAACGAGAGUCGCUCUCGUUUCCGUCUUUCAUAUACGAGAGGUCAAUUUACUCUGAGCGGGACGAAAGGAAGAGCAACUUGAACAGAGAAGGAAGAACUUAACGGUGCGCGCAGCGGAUUUCAACUUCAUUGACCGAGACCAAUUGACGGGCGAUAGGCACGAAGGAACGUUUGCAGUUUCGCUACGAAGUAGAGAAUCGCUUGCCGAAAGUGGUCCAGAAUGUCAAGGAGCAAAGGACUUGCCAUCGAGUGAUUAAGAUCGCGAUGGCCCCAACGGCGGUGUCCGCCCUGUCAAACGGCACUCACUCGAGAGAUAGCUACGAUGACAUCCUCGCGUCGUUCUCGGAGUUUCGCCUCAACGACACGUACACGGACAUCCUGGGCCCCAGGGAAAUGUUGCCCGGCCAGUACCGGGAUCCUCUGUACGUGGUGAUACCGGUGACCGUAAUUUACGUGGCGAUCUUCCUCACGGGGAUCAUCGGCAACGUCAGCACGUGCAUCGUGAUUGCGCGCAACAAGUCUAUGCACACCGCCACCAACUAUUAUCUCUUCAGCCUGGCGGUGUCCGACCUGUUGCUGCUGGUGUCGGGCCUACCCGCGGAGAUGUACCUGGUCUGGUGCAAGUAUCCGUACAUCUUCGGCGAGGGUUUCUGCGUGUUACGCGGCCUCGCGUCGGAAACGUCGACGAACGCGUCGGUCCUCACCAUCGCCGCCUUCACCGUCGAGAGAUACGUCGCGAUCUGCCACCCGUUCCUCUCGCAGACCCUGUCGAAUCUGUCCCGCGCGAUCAAGCUGAUCCUGGUGGUAUGGCUAGUGGCGUUGUUGUUCGCGUUACCGCAGGCCCUGCAGUUCGGCGUGGUCCGGCACAACGAUCAUCCCGACAUGGUAAUGUGCACGGUCAAGAGGAUCAUCGUCAGCCACUCGUUCGCGCUGUCCACGUUCCUGUUCUUCGUCAUACCGAUGUGCCUCAUCACGUUUCUCUACGUGCUGAUCGGCCUCAAGCUCAGGAAGUCCAACAUGACGGUCCCGGGUAGAAGCGAGUCGGUGAGAAACUGCAGGCAUCAUCCCGGAAGAUCGUCCAGGAGGGUGUUGAAGAUGCUAGUCGCUGUUGUGAUAGCAUUCUUCAUUUGCUGGGCUCCAUUUCAUGUGCAGCGAUUGAUCGCUAUAUAUGGCACUAACACAGAAGAUCACAUCACAUCGAACGGCCCAUGGAUGGGAUUUAUCUACCUUCUAAUGACCUACGUGUCAGGUGUUUUCUAUUACGUGUCUACGACGAUCAACCCGAUCUUAUACAAUAUCAUGUCAAACAAAUUCCGCAUGGCGUUUAUGGAGACACUAUCAAAGAGUUGCAGACUCGCUGGAUUGCCAGAGCGUAACGAGCACCGGUCCUAUUCCAGCUUGUCGCGAUCCCAGCCGAGAACCAUUGGAGCUUACGGAUCGAGGAUACCGGGAACCGAUGGAGGAUCCGGCAUAAUUGCCGAUAGCAUGGAAGGUUCGGGGAAUUCCACGGAAGAGAGUAAAAAGCGGCCCGUAACUAAUCCAGAAAAUUUACCGGUAUCCAGUAACGCUCCGGGUGCAACUCGGACAAACUCGGUACGAGGUGGACACGUAAAAGAAACGAGGAACAACAAUGACGUCCUACCGCCGAAGAACGAUCUGCGAUCGCCGACAAGCGGACGUCAUAAAAACCGGCCGAUUCGCAGGACUCAGGAGACCUCGUGGACCAAGAGAACGAGUUACACAAAUGUGUCCAACGUCGACAAUUCCGAGAAGAAAUGGUGGAGGUUCUUAAAGUGGUUGCCCGGUUUGAGGGUCCUCAGGUUUCCCAGGGGCUCAACUGUACCUGAAGAUCGCGUGUUUGACGAGACCGGGAAUCCUCGCGAGGAGCUGUCGAUGACGAUGUGGAACGUUCGCGACAACAACGAACAGCGACCCGUGUAGAACACUCGUGGAUGCUUUCGCGAUUCGAGAUCGUCGAGAAGACUGAUUUUUUGUCGUCAAUUUCUGCAUUAUUCGCGUCCGACGAUGCAACGUCAUCAUCUAACGACCUGAUGGAAAUGAUGAUCGUAACAUCGCGCGAUGUUUGAGAGCGAGAUCGUUUAAAGUUUGAAGAUUUCUUUAGGGAUGGAGAAGACUGAGAUAAAUGAUGCUUGUGACUCUGUCUCAUGAUUAAUUUAAAAGCGCUCUAAUGAGUAUCCAACGAACAUAAAAAAGUAGAGAGAUCUCUAGGAAAAUGUAUAAAAUCAACAUGCUGGUUUAUUACUCGUUUGUGCAAUUUUGUACGAUUGCUGGGUGCUGGCAUCUAAUGUCGCGUGAAAUUUAAUAAAUUCGGAGCAUCGAAAGAGUAAACAUGUCAGAAAUAUUGCGAUCGUAUAUUAUAGUAAGUCAAUAUGUAAAUCAAAUAACAUGUACCGUUUUGCGACUUGUAAAUCUUCCCGAGUUCGCGUUCCCGUUAAGCAUGCACUCACUGAUCAUUAAACAGAGAUUUUCUCAUGUAACAAUUUAAAUCUGGUUAAAUCUGGAAUGAUAAACACGCAUACAUAAUAUUAUCGAGUUGUGCAUUUUAAUUUUGUGAAUUCUCGUAUCUCUGACAUCUAAUAAGUGUAUUCACUGACAUUAAAAAUGAAAUAAUGUGCAACGAAUUUUUACUUGUAAAAGCGUUGAAGAGCUUAAUUGAAAUUCUAUCUAAUUUCUCUUUGUUAAUUAUUUUUGACAGAAACUAUCAAAUUUCCUACUAAUUGUAAGUAAAAAUCGUGCUAGAUGUUUCACUUAUCAUUGAACAUUGUACAUAAAGCGUUCUAAUAAUUAUAGUGGACUGUUUAAAGGUACGCUCGCGUAAUGUACAAUUCGCGCUUAAAAUAAAUUAUAAAAUCAAGUAGGAGUGAUUAUUUCGGAUAACCCGGUUUCACAGACGUGUCAAGCGUCUUAAAACACAUCGCGUGUACACUUGACAUCGCGUGCCAUAAAUCGUACGAGUUACAACGACAAUUAAUUUUUAAAUAAAAUCUAAAUGCUCUCUUACCAGGAAAUUUAUUCCUUGUAGAAAUAUGCUGUACAGUUAAUUAGGCUGAUAAAAUUGAUACAAAUUGCAUGUCGCAUUACUGCAGGUUACAUUCUGCAAAUGAUGCAGAGGCAAGUCUUUCGUGUUAUUGUGAAAUAUAAUGCUCUAGAGUACAAUUUAAUAUAAGUACAAUUUAAUAUAUCACGGCUCGUCUUAAAUCAAUGGAAUUUUUAUAAUGUGAUAUUAUUUGUUAUGUAAAUAAUAUAGGCAUAAACUGUUAACUAUAAAACUUUUCUUAUUUAUUUUUAUCCGUGUGUCUCACUGGAUGUUAUUCGUAGCUGUAUGUAUAUCGAUAUCUUCGGGCAUCGAUAUUUUUGAUAAUUACAGAUUGACACCUGUAAUGUGUCUGAAAUUUA